UUUUUUUAAUAUACAAAACAAACACGCCUUCUUCCAAGGACAAGAGGAUAAAAAUUCUCUCUCUCACUCACUCUCUCUCUUACAAGCGCACACUCUCUCUCAUCCGAAAGAAUCGAAAGCCCUCUCUCUCUAGGGUUUCUGAGUCCUUCUCAGUCAAAUUAUGCUCGUACGGUAGGGAAUCGGAGCUCCGAGCUGCUCCAGGUAGCUCAGCCGUUGAAUGCGCUGGCCUUCGGUGCGGUUUCUUCGCGGAGCCGUUUCGAAUCGGCGAGGAGGCGGGAGGGAUCGUCUGUGGUGCUCCGCAGGUGAGUUCGGGAAACACCAUAUAAUCUGAGAUUCUAGGUGCUUGCUUGUACUUUGAGGAUGUGCAUGCAUAGCUGUGGAAAAUCAUUUUCAAGGUGGUUUUAAAUACUGUCACUGAGUUUAUGGGGUCGUAUAUUCACAUUGACUCAAUCUCCAUAGAUCUUGCUGAGUCUACUCGCAAGAGGGAUGCAGGCAAAUGUGAACAUUUCUCGAUACGUGGAUAUGUGUCUGAAAUUCGCAGAAAAGACUGGAAAAUAUGUUGGCCAUUUCAAGUACACGAGUCUGACAAACAACCAUCGUUUCUACCAUUAGAUGCACCAAAAUAUAGAUGUAGGCGAUGCCAAAACUCUGCAGUAGAAAUUGCUGCCAAAGACAUCCAGAAAGACGAACAGACAGACUUGAAUUGUUGCAGUACUGAAUGCAGAUCUGGUAGCAAUUGCAAUAAUGAAGCUCUCAAGUCUGGUAUUCAGGAAGAUCCAAUGCUUGAUGCUGUUGAGAGAAGAGAAAUUGAUCUUAAUACUGCCCUGAGCUGCAUCAAUGAUUUCUUGCCAAAUAGUAAUGAGAAAGGCAGUAAAGCCGGAGUUGUACCUAGCAGAAUAAUUGACCUUGACAGUGGCUUGGAGGAUAAUCUCAACCACCAAGUGACAAGUAUUCCAUCACCAAAAAAUUAUCCAGACCUCACACCACCAGAAGUGCGCGCUACUAAGAAAGGUAGGCUCAACAGACAGGGAGACUGUGAAAGUAAUGAAGUUUCUCUUCCCGGGCUCUUUAGCAAUCUGAAAUGCACGGAGAAGAGCUCUUCUGAGAUGUGUAAUGGAGGAAUAACUGCAGCUAAUCAAUCCCAGAAUGAUGUAAUAAAAGCUUGCACAGUUUUUAGGAAAGGAGCAACAGUAAUGGAGGAGGUGAACAAUACAGACGAUCACCCAAGUGGACCUCCUCUUGAAUUAGUUGCUUGUAAUGAUACUGCAACUGCAGGAAGUAUAGACAAUACAGUUGAAAAUGAUUUUCAGGAUCAUCAUUCAGAAAAGUCCACUGGUUUAUCUCGUAGAAGGCCUCGGAAGGUGCGCUUGAUGUCUGAUUUAUUAAGUGACAAUGGUGAAUUGAAGACUGAGCAAAACUUGAUAAAAGAAUCUGUAUCCCUCGGUACUUCACAUGCCUCUGCAGCUUCACAGGCACAAUCAAUUUUGCCAGGAAAGGGGGAUAUUGAAGGAGGUUUUACUUUGACAAGCACAGGUCCGAGAAAAAGGAAGUUUCCUCUGGAUGAGGUACGAAGACCUACAAACAUGGGUUUUCAGAGGGUUGAAAAUGAAGUUCAGAACUCACAGGUCGUUAUAAAAGCAACUGAUACUCUUUUGGAUGCUAGAUCCAAUUUCAAAGAUGUAUCAAAGGGAAUAUAUUUACAAGAUGCCACAAAGGGCCGCUGGAAUAAGACUGAAAGUGAAAGAAGCCGUAUAAUCAGUAAGAAGAAAAACAAAAAGAUUCAAGGUGUAGAUAAUAGCUUGAUUUCUGAGCAACCAGUAGGACAGCACAGAGAAAAUGAAGAAACCAUGCAUACUACCGAAAAGGCAUAUGCAUCUAAAACUAAUUCUUCUAGAUUAGCUCCUCCUGCAUUCACUGGCAAAGCCACGGAUAAUUUUCCUACCCACUCCCUAAGAAGGGAACACGAAUUCAAUUUGUCCAAAGCAAAGGGGAAAAUGCUGCAAACUGACGUGGAGCUGGAUUCUUUAUCCUGGCAAAGAAAUAACAUGCUAGUACAAGAUUCCAAUGCAUAUUCAGGGGAAAAAGUCCGGUCUACUAUGCCUUUAACAAUUCAAAUUCCUUCUGCCCAAGGGUUGCUAAAUAGAAAAGGACUGGAAGAGGGACUUCAUCUUUCUCUAAACAAUUAUUUGGUGGAUGCACAUGUUUACAACAAAAAGUGUAUCCAUCAGAUUGAAAGUCAUCUACCUUUCUCAAUACCUUUUCAAGAUGGAACCUCCAAAGUACCGCAGCUUAAGUGGAAAGACAGUGAUAAUAAUGUCUUUGGAGGGCAAAGCAUUCCUUCCAAGAACCCAACCAAUGCUCUUUCAGGAAAAGCAGUUCAUUUCGAAGAAAUUAAUGGUUCAAGAAACACACAACAGACUAUCGAAGCUGUGGACCAACUAGGUUUUGUGAAAAGAUACAGUGAACAAACACUGGAGGUGUCCGAGCAGGGAAUGCUAGAUGAUAUACCCAUGGAAAUUGUGGAACUAUUGGCGAAGAAUCAGUAUGAGAGGUGUCUUCCUGAUGUAGAAAAUAGAAGCUCCACGUUAGAAAAACCAUCUCUUGGAAGGAAAAGACAGAUUGCUGGUGGCUCCACUGUACACAAAAAAGGGGAGAUGAGCUUGUUGAAAGAUGGCCAAAAGGAGAAACCUCAGGGAAAACAUAAGAAAAACAGCAUGAUCACAAGAGGAGAGAAUGUGAAGCCUGGCAAAAGAAAGCCUGUUCAUUACUUUACUCCAUUUGAUGGAAACAAUUUGAGUAUGAAUAAUCUCUGCCCUCCUCAACCCCCCUUUGGGCUUGACGUUUCCCAGUCCCAAAAGAAGCCAUCAGGUGGAUUACAGUUUUCAGCUAUUGGUUCUAAUCAGCUUGGUAGUUCUCAAAAUUGCAGGUUGAAUGGGAGUUUUGAAGAACGUGGAUCCCCUAAUGCGACUUUUCAAGCCCCUGGGGGAUGUAGCUUACACAUGAAUAUCUUACAUCAGGAUGAUGAAGCUUCUCGCAUCUGGGCAUCCUUGACUUCAAAUCAUGUUUCCCCAGGAUAUGAUUUACCCAAGAGGGUUGUUUCUUCUCAGCAUCCUAGUUGUAACAUGAACAUAACUUCUCUCCAAUCUGGUGCAUUUCACAAGCAAAACACGAAGAGGGAUACUGAUCUUAACUACAUGAAUCUGAAUGCUGUUGGACUAGAAAAGCUUAGUAGGAAUACAGGUUCUGAAACCUUCAGCAGGAUGAAUGGAGAAUAUUCAUUUCCUUGCAAACAUAGUGGAAUGGAGCCUCAUCAAAAUUUGAGGGGAUCUCUUGAUUUGUAUUCUAAUGAUACAAUACCAGCCAUGCAUUUGCUCAGCCUUAUGGAUGCAGGCAUGCAGUCCCGAACAGCUUUUGAUGUUGGUGUCAGUACUCAAAUGCUCAAAAGGCCCUCUUAUCCUGGCGACUGCAAUACUAAGUUGGAGAUUGGUACGUCUAAGCCCCCUGGUACCGUGAAAAGGCCAUCUUCAGAUUAUUGCAACAGAAGUUUCUUAUCAGAUAAGCAUGGCUGUUUUGUUGGCCCUCCAACCUUUGGUGCAUCGUCAUCGACUCCGCAUGAUAAGAAAUUAGUAAGAGCUACUGGUUUCAAUGGUCAAAAUCCAACGAAAUCUGGAAAGAAGGAAAAGUUGAAGAACUCCAUAUCUACCCAGCAGAAUAAAAUUGGCAAGCAAAUUAGCUGGCCUCGUAAUGAAACAGAAACAUCACUGCAGCGCAAAUUGAAAGUUAAUGGUAAUCAUGAAACCCCAGUGCCAUGUAAAAUCAUCUCUGGAAACACAUGCAUGGUCAACAGGAAUCCAGCUGACCUAACCAUACCAGAAACAGGGAAUAUCUAUAUGAUCAGAGGAGAAGAUCUGAAAUUUGAGAAGAGUAUUCCCAGAAACAGGCUUCGCUUUCCCAUUCCAUAUGGAUACAAGCAGCAGAGGAAUUUGAAGGGAACUAGAAUGAAAGAGCAUGCAAAACAUUGAAACCUUUCCUUAUUCCAUAAUCUGCUGGUGAAAUCUUUACAUGCAAUCUGAGGAUAGAAAAUGAAUUUCAUUCUCUGCCUAGAAGCAAACUUUUGACUUGGAUACUGAGAUUCGCUGACUCGGGGAGGGGUUGAUUGGAUGCCACUCCAAAAGCCGAGUGAUACAUAAAACAGACACAGAAGGCCCGUGGUGCAUCUAUUUAAUGAACCUGUUGUAAUUAGUAUUAAUGUAAGCAAAAAAUAUGUUCGUUUAUCAUGUUUGUAUCGUAAAAUCUAUGGGGAAGCGUCGCAAUAUCUCCUUAAAGUAUCAGUUUGUGUCAUAAAAGUGUACUGGGAAGUGUCAAAUUAGCCUCUUAUAUAGACUUACUAUGAUAGUGUGGUUACAAUUCAUACAAGUGGCAAAACCAAGGCGAUAGAUAUAGUUUGGGGCUAAGAUGUGAGUUCCUUCCCUAAAACAUAAAUUUAGAUAUUGACAUUUUAUAUCCCUCGUUUGUACCCAUUCCCCAUCUCUUUGGGUGCAUAUUUAUGAAGUUCUUAUGUUGUCCCUUUAGUAA